UCAAUGAAACCAAUAGCUUUUGGCUGAACAGUAAAAAUUUUGAAUUGAGACGAGAGCCUGAAAAUAGUACCAAAUUUUUGAAAAUAUCACACAAAUCAUACAAAUUCAAAAUAUCCAAACAUUUUCAAAAAGCUUUAAUUACCGGGGAAGUCAGGCAGUCAGCUGUUCCUUUUGCAAGUGUUGUAAAAACCCCCCACAGUGCAGACACAAACUCUUCAACACUGCAGCUGCGACUUUGGCGCUUUACAACACUCUUCCGCAUGAGAAUCCAGCACAGAAAAUCUACGACGAAAAUAAAUAGAAACACGGCACAGGCAGACACCAACCGAAGACCAGGACCAUCAGGAUGUCUGCGCGAAUGCUAAAGAAGCUGCAGGGCGACGCCGACAAGCUGGCGCCGCCGCCAGAGGACGAGGACAACGAGGAGCUAUCAGAUAACGAUGAACUGGAGGACAGUGACAUGCAGCGCGACCGCAAGACCCAUCUAAAUCCAUUCGAUCUGUUAAACCAGCCCGGUUUGAGUCUCUCGGAGAGCGAGUUCAAGGAGGACGACAACGAGACGGAGCACCCAUCUGCGGCUCUGCCCAAUCCCAGUGCUGCGGCCCAGAAGAAAAAGAAGAAGAAGCGCAAGAAGAAGGCCAGGUCCAGUGGUAACCACAUAAGCAGCGAGGACAACGAGCGACAGGACAAGUACUUUGAGAAGGUGGAUCCGCUGCUGGGCAAGGUCUACGAUGCAGUCCCCAAGCAAUCGGCCAAGCAGGCGGCGGCCGCCGGAGGCUCUGCCACUAAGAAGCUGCUGGGCGUUGAACUAAGGCAUCUAAAUCCGCAGAACGAGAUGCGACGCACCUUUGGCAAGCGGGUGGUAAAAGUGGAGACAAAGCGCGGUCGUCAGAAGCCCACUCUCAAGUCUACAUACAUGGUAACGGCCAAGGAGUCCUGGCCGCCGCUGACCAAAAACACCAUCACCAUGAAGUUGCUGCCCGCUCCCGACUCGCCUUCGGUCUCCAGCAAGUCCAUACUGGACAACGGCAGUGGCGAAGUCCAGUGGUUCGCCUUCGAGCAUAGCCAAUACUACCAGGGAGUGCAGCACAUGUUUCUCUCGGCCUUGGAGCGCAUCGAUUCGGAAUUUUUGAUCACGCUCAUUAAGCGCUGUCCCUAUCACGUGGACUCCUUGGUCCAGCUGAGCGAGGUAUGCAAGAUGACCGAGGACUUUGCCCUGGCCUCUGAGCUUCUGGAGCGCGCCCUGCUGCUGCUAGAGUCGUCGCUGCAUAUUAACUUUAGCCUGACGUCGGGUAACUGCCGGCUGGACUAUCGCCGCCAAGAGAACCGCUCAUUCUACAUUGUGCUGUUCAAGCAUGCGCAGUACCUGGAGGAGCGUGCCUGCAGUCGGACUGCAUUCGAGAUCUCCAAGCUGCUGCUAAGUCUGCAGCCGGACAUGGAUCCGCUGGCCAUGAUCCUGGUCAUUGACUACUACGCUUUGCGUAGCAAGCAGUUUGGAUGGCUAGUGGAAUUCUAUGAGGAGUACAAUGCCGCCAGGAACCUCAACCAAUUGCCCAAUAUGGCCUACUCCUAUGCCCUGGCCCUGUACACGCUCCAUGGGGUGUGCGAGCGCUCCAAUCAGGCCCUGCAGUAUGCCCUGCUUAUGUUCCCUGGGGUGCUGCGGCCGCUGCUGGACGAGAUGUCCGUGCAGACGGACAAGCGGGUGCUGGCCUCCUCCUACUUCUUUGCGGAUGUAUCGGGAAAUCAAUCGCCCGCUUUGCACCAGCUGGUGUGCCUGUAUGUGUGUCGCGCUCGCGUUGUGUGGCGACAGAACGAGGUCUUGCCCUGGCUGGAGUCCAAUGUCAAUGCAGUCCUCGAUCGCAUCGACAGCAAGGAUCCCUUGGUCAACGAGUACAAGGAGAAACGAUCACUCCGCUAUGGCGGCACACCGCCUAGACCCAUUCUCCGGCAUGUGAUACUCUCCGACUACAAGGAGAAAGUUCCCCUGGCCGUUUUCGUGGCCAAGGAGAAGCAAGCCAUCAUGACCUACGACCCACUGCCGCCGCCGAACAGCGUCAACUGCUAUCAGCGAAAAUCCUCGUCGAGCAGCAGUCCCACAACGAACACAAACAAUUCCGUAUCCAUGUUUUUCCAAUCCCUCUUGCCAUCGUUUAACAUCAACAACCUGGCAGCAGCUGCUCAGCAGCCCCAGGCAGGCCUGGCACCAGCUCAAGCCGCCGGAGCACCUGCUGAGGCUGGCGCUGAUGCCGCCGCUGCUGCUGCGGCAGUGGUGCCUGCUAGGCAGGCAGCAAAUGGCGAAGGCGAAGAAGCUGGUCUACAGCAGUCGCUGACUUUGAUGAUGGACGCCAUGCGCGACUUCCUGCAGAACUUCCGAAUUGCGGAGCAUCUGCGCUCCCCGGAAACGGCGGCGGCACAGUCUUCCAGCAGCAACGACGAGGAGGAGGGCUCCAGCGACUACGUGGACUAGUCGAAGGGUGUCAAUUAUUACGUUGAACGUAAAGGAGUUGUGGCAUGGAACAAAUGUCUUUUUGAAACCACCUUUUUGCUAUUCCCUCAGUCACAAAAUUUCUAUAUAUAAUAUCGUAUAUACAUAUAUUAGAGCAAUUUGAACACAAACGAAACCUACGAACACUAUGCAUUGAAUAAAAUUUUCCAUUAGAAGCUUUAA